AUCUAGGCAGGCAUACUCUUCCUUCCAGCCAACCCCCCUCCGUCUCCCACGAAAAUGCCCCGCUGCAGGUCUGGCGCGUCUCCGUCUUCGUCCCCCCCUCUGAAGCCUUCGCAACCGAUCUCGACCGCGUCGUUGUUCAAUGCCCGGGCCUUUCCCCCUCCUUCGCUGACUGGCGUGCCUGUCGAGUACAUCGUUGACCAGCUCCGCCAACUUGCCCCGCAGUACUGGGAUAAGCCGGACACCGCUGAUUGCACCAUUGUGAUUCCUGUUCCGCAUGCACCUGGGCGGGCUGGCUCCCCCUUCUCCCCCGAUCUCCCUGUCUUCUCCAUGUCCAGUGACCCCGCGAACAAUCGCCGCGCGACGGAACCUGCCCUCAACUCCGUGCCUCGGAUAUCUCUGAAGCUGCACAUCGACUUCCUCUCCGCCCACUCUACCUUCCUCCGGGGCCUCUUCAGCGGGGCGUCCUCCCUGGACCUGAUCACCUCCUCCUCGCUGUCGGAGACGCCCGCGACCUCGCGCGCCAACGCCGCCGGCAGGUUCGCCGUCCCGGAAAACCGCCGCCCGCGCCUGAUGCCGUGCUCGCCGGACCACCCGAUCCUGUUCCUGCCCGUGCCGGACCCGACUAGCAUCCACCUGCUCGUGCACUGGAUGUACUUCGGUGCGACGGGCCCGAUCGCCGACGCGCUGCGGGAAGGGGAGGUCGAGUGGGAGGGCCUCGCGCGCAAUGUGGAGUACCUCGGGCUCCCGGCGGACAUCAAGAUGUUCUUGGGGAUGUGGUUCCAGAACUGGCUGCGCCUGCGUGCGGCGCGCAUCGAAGAGGAGGAGGAGGAAGAGGAAGAAGAGAUGUCCGACGACGAGGACGACGCGGAUACGGUGUACUACUCGGAUGACGAGGAGAUGCCUGGUGCUGCUGCUUCCAAGCCCGUGAGAGUGGAUCUUGGGUCCACGGAUGAUCUCGAGACAGAUGCCUCGAAGCGCGGCCGCACUCGGACACGACCGUUGUCGGUGUGCUCUGCACACAGCAUCUGAACUACGAACACGACGCCUACGCUGCUUGGCGUUGCACACCUGUACGACACACCACAGACUCACUCCCUCGUUUCUUCGUCUUAUCAUUAUUCAUUCCCGCGGCUCGAUGGGCCGCACCACGCUCUCUCUCUCUCUCUCUCUCAACUUCGCUUCGCUUCGGCUUCGAACACGUCCUGGUUCCCUCCUUCCUUCCUUCUCUCUGACCAAUGCCCCGGCUCGCAGCGGGGUCUUACACUCUAGUACUGUAACAGUAUCGAUAGUUGCCCUGUACGAUUGUACCACACGCGACGCUACUUCGUGCUAGCCAUAUAACAUACGAUCACUCUAAGUUAAAUCGAGUAACUGCC